AUGGAGGGUCCUCCGACGGUCCGCCCGGCAAUAAACGAAGGAGAGUCAAGCAUUGCCACAGAGCCACCGGAAGAAUCAGAGGAAAAUCCUAAUCCAGUUGUGGAUGAGAAUAAUACAGUGUCAGCUAAAAAACAGGGGCCACAUGGACAUAACUGGAGUGGUGACUGGAGCUUUUGGAUUUCAAGUUCCACCUAUAAAGACAGGAAUGAGGAAUAUAGAAGACAGUUCACACAACUACCUGAUACAGAGAAGCUGAUAGCAGAUUAUGCUUGUGCUCUUCAGAAAGACAUUUUGCUUCAGGGACGACUAUACCUUUCAGAAAACUGGCUAUGUUUCCAUAGCAACAUCUUCAAAUGGGAAACUACAAUUUCUAUUGCUUUAAAGAAUAUAACCUUCAUCACCAAGGAGAAAACUGCUCGACUCAUCCCGAAUGCUAUCCAGAUCGCUACCGACAAUGAAAAGUUUUUCUUUACAUCUUUUGGUGCCAGGGAUAGAAGUUACCUCAGUAUCUUUAGAUUGUGGCAGAAUGCACUGUUAGACAAGAGCUUGACCAGACAGGAAUUCUGGCAGCUGCUCCAGCAGAACUAUGGCGCUGAGCUAGGCUUAAAUGCCGAAGAGAUGGAAAACUUGUCCGUGUCGAUUGAGGAUAAUGUACAGCCAAGAAGUCCUGAAAGAAGCAACUUGGAUGACUGUGGGGAGAGAGAUGAAAAAUUGUCCAAGACAAUCAGUUUUCUCCCUGAAUCAAUGAAUCGGGCUUCAGAAACAGAGUCAAUCGAUGGAAAUCUAUCAAAAACGGAGUUAGGGAAAGAGGAAGCCCAAAGCGAGAAACAGCUAAAAAAGAGUCCUUCACUAACUUCAGAAAAGAGGUUAAGUAGAGUACCACCAAAAUCGCUGGACUUGAAUAAAAAUGAGUAUCUUUCUCUGGACAAAAGCAGCACUUCAGAUUCUGUUGAUGAAGAAAAUAUUCCUGAGAAAGAGCUUCAUGGAAGACUUUAUAUCGACCGUGUUUUUCACAUCGGUGCUGAUAAAAUGUUUGAAUUGCUCUUCACCAGUUCACGAUUUAUGCAGAGAUUUGCCAAUUCUAGAAAUAUAAUAGAUGUAGUAUCUACCCCUUGGACUGUGGAACCUGGAGGCAAUCAACUGAGAACCAUGACCUACACCAUAAUUCUUAAUAACCCGCUCACUGGGAAGAGCACCGCUGCCACAGAAAAGCAGACACUGUAUAAAGAAAGUCGGGAAACACAAUUUUAUUUGGUAGAUGCAGAAGUGGUGACGCAUAAUGUCCCCUACCAUGACUACUUCUAUACCGUGAACAGAUACCACAUCUUCCCGUCCUCAGAGCAGAAAUGCCGGUUGAGAGUUUCCACAGACUUGAAAUACAGAAAACAGCCGUGGGCCAUUAUCAAAUCUGUAAUUGAGAAGAAUUCCUGGAGCUCAUUGGAAGACUAUUUCAAACAGCUUGAAUCAGAUCUGUUAAUGGAAGAAUCUACGAUGAGUCAGUCCAUUGAAGACCCUGGGAAACUUAGUGGCCUACGAAGGAGAAGGCGAACAUUCAACCGAACAGCAGACAUGGGUCCUAAGCUUUCUUCUCAGCGUUCUUCCGGAGAUGGGGGUAUGGACGACAAAGGAGCUGCUGCAGGAAAGAAAAAAGACACGGAAAGCUAUCACACCGUCAUUGUGGUGAUGAGUAUUUUCUUGCUGUUCCUGGUGAUUUUGAACGUGGCACUAUUUAUGAAGCUGUCAAGGAUAGAAUAUGCUGCUCAGGCUGUUUACCGUCUCCACCACCAAGAAGAGAAAUCCUUAAAUUUAGCCUCUGACAUGGUGUCAAGAGCAGAAAACAGUCAAAAGCAUUGCGAUCAGGCCCAUCGUUUAAAAGGAGUGCUCCGAGACUCCAUCGUGACGCUCGAAGAGUUAAAGAGUUCACUCAUUAUGCUUCAGAGAACCUUUGAUCUACUAAAUAAAAACAAGACCGGCACGGCUGUGGAGAGCUAG